AUGUUCUUCCUCCACGAGAUGGAACGAGUAGUAAACCUACACCCCUCCUACUUCGACAAAGACACGCACAAAUACAUCACCGACACCUUGUACCAAGACGUCGAAGGCACCAACACCGGAAACUUCUACAUCGUGUGCGUAGUGUCCGUGAUCGACAUUUCCGAACCUCGUGUGUUGCCAGGAAGCGGGUUUGCAGAGUUUACGAUCAUGUUCCAGGCGGUGGUGUGGAGGCCGUUCAAGGGUGAGGUUUGUGAUGGUAUGGUGAGCAGUGUGGUUAGCAAUGGGUUCUUUGUGGAUGUGGGCCCGUUGAAUGUUUUUGUUAGCAAGGCUGACGAUUACAGNAUGAUUCCUAGUGACAUCAAGUUCGAUGGCAAUGCGACGCCGCCGCAGUUUACCGAUAAUGCCGAUCAGGUCAUCGAAAGAGGCACUCAUAUCCGCGUCAAGAUCAAGGGUAUCAGAGGUGAGGUUGGUCAGAUGUACGCUAUCGCAACCAUCAAGGAGGAUUUCCUUGGGUAA